GUUUGUUUAUGUUUGUGCAGAAUGAACGCCCGGAAAACAUUUUUGUUGAAUUUAUUUUUGGAAGAUGGACUGGACGCAAAUCUGCUGCAUCAGGCCGCUCACUUGGCCUGCCUUGAGGGCAGCCUGACACAGCACAUGGCAGUGAAGGAAACAGUCAAGGAGGAGGCCGAAGAAGAAGACUUAAAGGAAAAGGACGAAACAGUUCGAAAAAUGGACGAUCAAUUCAAGGAGCGAUUUCGCAUGCAGCGAUCGACCUUUGAGAAAUUGCUGCAGGUGGUAGGACGAGCUAUUGCUGGAGCGGAACACUAUCAGCCCAUUGGGAGCGUUUCCCUGCCAGAAAAAUUGCUCUACACUUUGAUGCUGCUCGGCGGCGGCAUCUCGUUUCGGGACGCUGGCGAGAUUUAUUCCAUAUCUAAGAGCUCUGGUCAUGAGAUAUUCAAGUGGGUCACUUCUGCCUUUGCCGCGCUCCUGCCGUGCUACGUUAAAUGGCCGAAAUAUGGCGCAGCAGACGAGGGAAGUGCAGCGAUAAGCGAACUCACAGGCGUGCUGGGCGUCAUCGACGAGUGUCGCAUACCCCUCAAGCUGCCUAUACGCAUUGACGAGGACAGUCCGAAGCAGUAUCCGACGUUGGCCCUGCAAGUUGUCUGCGAUGCGCAAAGUCGAUUUCUCAAUGUCUACAUUGAUGUGGCCGAUGAACAGCAAUGCAUUCUGGUGGCCAGUCCCCUGUUCGAGGAUCUCAUUGACAUGGAGACGCCGUUGAUGGCAAAACACAAACACAUAGUGGGGGACAAAACGUAUCCGCUACUGCUGAAUCUGAUGACGCCCUACGUGGGUGAGCCAACCCCUUGCCAUGCUCAGUACAAUCUGGCCAUACGUCAGUGGAUAGCAACUGGGGAGAGAGCUUUUGCGACACUCAUAGCACGCUUCAAACGCCUGGAAUCGCUAGAUGUGUCGUCACUGGAGGUGGGCACCACAGUUGUGUCCGCCGCAUGCAUGCUACACAAUUUUAUACUGGGCUCUGGUGGGGAGGAUAUCGAAGAUGACAUUCUGGCCUUCGAUAUGCUGCCGGAAAACCACCAGAAAAUCCACUCUCGGCAGCAUGGGCUGCUGGACACGGACAAUAUGGUGGCGGUGGAAGAAAAGCGCGAUCGCCUCAUAGCUAGUUUUAUAAAAAAUAUUUAAAUAUACUCGAAUUUAGUUGGUCAGUUA